CAAAGAUGUCGAAUUUCCAAGAGCUUCUCUCUGAGAGGAAUAGCUGGACAUUGAAAUCAGACACUGAGAUAUUCGAAAAGAUUAAAAAUCUGGAAUUUAACAUUUUCCAGAGCGCAGAAACCAUUCAUUCUUCUGUAGAUGAGCUCACAUCUUUAUGUAAAAAUGCUGAUACAGCUUUAAACAACUCUAUCAACUCGUUCAAUUACAUGAGAUACACUAAGUUUGUAGAAAACGUAAUUGAUAAAGGAGACAGAGAACAUCUGAAGAAAACAACAGAUGGAAGCGAUAGCGAAGAAGAAGAUACCAUUAUGACUGAAGAACAAGAAGAAGCCCAUUAUGAUAAAUGCAUCACAGAAGCACUAAAGAUCGGAUUUGAUGCUAUUGGAAUCAGUGCUAAAGCUAUUACUGAUGAUUUGAUAUCUCUAGCAGAGAAUGAAGAUGCAGACGCUGAUGAUGUAGGAAAUGCAACGCAUCGGAGAAAAGGACUUAAACUUCCAGCUAUCUAUAGUUCCCAACAAUAUGAGGAGCAUCCUUAUAUGGGAAUGGUUGAAAUUAAUCAACUUGAAGAUGAUGAUACACCCCCAGAUUUGAUAGGAGAUGAAUUUAACCAAGAGCCUGAAGGGUUUGGAGAUCCAUUUGCUGAAGAUGCUGUACCUUUUGCUCCUGACGAAUUCAAUCCACCUGGAGAUCCUAUGUUUCCUGAGAAUGCAGCAAAUCAGAAUGGAGGUCCACCUCCUCCACCUCCACCCCCAGCUCACGGAAUCUCUAAUAUUCUGGACAGAACAAGUAGUCUUCCUGCUCCUCCACCUGCUCCUCCAAUUCAGCCAACUCAACCCCGAGCUAAUUCUGAUGCUCAUCUCGCUGGAUUCCUCCAAGAUAUUAACAGACUAAAAGCUGAGAGGGAUGCUGAAGCUAAUAUUGCCGGAGAUCCUAGUGAAGCAGGAUCUAUUUUAUACAAUAAUCCUCCUGCCACUGGACCAUUACAGCCAGCAGGAGCUCCUGGUGGAAUGGCACCUCCCCCACCUCCAGGCUUUCCUGGAGCUCCUCCACCUCCUGGAGGAGUUCCUCCACCUCCAGGUGCUCCCGGGCUUCCUCAGAUGGGCCAGCCAGAGCCACAUGACCCCAUGAAUGACGAAUCUUUGUUCAUGUCAGGAAAUAAUAUCAGGCAAAAUUACGCACAAAAUAAAAAGGGCAGCGUGUUUGAUAACAGCAUGAUCGGUGGAGGAGGAAAUAUGUUUGAUGAUUCUAUGAAUAAUAUGUCGAUGUCAAUGGACCAAGAUAUCAGCAAACAUAAUAUUUCUAACAUUUUCGGAGGCAGACAAUCAAUGGCUGAUAAUAAACCAGUCAAGGCAACUAAAGAUAAUCUAGUCAGGAACACUCAGAAUAUGUUUGGAGAAAUUAAGGAAGAUGAAGAGGAGGAUAAAUAUGAUAACGUAGGAAACAAUACGCCUCCUCCAAAUGCUCCUCCACCUCCUCCUCAAAAUCAAAUCUUGAAGCCAGGAUUUUUAGAUGAUACAGUCAAUGAUGAUAGCAUGGAUGAAUCAAUCAUGCUCUCAAGACCUACAGCUAAUAAACCAUUGAAUGAAAAGAAAGGAUUAUUUAUGGAUACCUUUGAGGACGAUGAGAGCAAUGCAAGUAUGAUUUCCCCUCCAAAAAGAACUACGGAAGCACCUGCCGGCUCUCAAAAAGUAAUGGAAGAUAUCACAGCUACUCAAAAGACAACAAAGGCUGCUUUCGACUAUGGGGGUGGCCAGCAACAAAAGAAAAAUGCAUUCUUUGAUGACUAUGAGGAAGAAGAAAGUGUAAUGUUCCCUGAGAAAAAGCCAUCUGCUCCCGCAAUGUUUGAUGAUAAACAAGAUCUCGAUAAUAGUUAUAUUUCGAACACUAGUAGAGAAACUCAUUUUAUUGCUAAGCAGAGAAAUACAAAUUCUAAGAACCAUAUGAUGGCAAUGAUUAUGAAAGGAAUGAAUAGUGGAAAGAUUAAAGCUGAAAGAAUGUCUAGUGAAAUCAGUAUUGGAGACGAUGAUGAUCCAGAACCUGAACCACGAAAACAAGAAGAGCCCUCUCCACCACUUAAGAAAGGCCCUUCGGAUUAUCAGCCUGCUCCGCCAAAGAAAAAGCCUUUUAAUUUCUUAGAUGAAACACAGGACAAUGCUGAAGAUCUUGAACUUGAAACUACUUCAAAACCUGCACCUCCAGCCCCUCCAGUUCCUCAAAAGGAUGAGGCUAAAAGAAUGUUUUUAGAUGACACUAUUGUUGAGAGUGAACUUUCAGAUAAUCUUGAUUUCAGUAAGCAAUCUAACUCAUCUCCUGCUCCUCAAGCUUCUCAGACCACUAUGAAAAAGAAUACAUUCUUAGAUGAUGAAGACUCAGAUGAGGAUGAUUUUAUGUUUUCAAAAUCAAAACAACCUAUACCUCCUCCGGCACCUCCAGUAACCCAAACUUCGAAACCAAAGCCAAAGCCUAAGCCAUUUGCUUUUGAUGAUGAUGAUUCUGAUGGAUCAGAAAAGAAAUCGACUCCAGUACCUCCAGAAGAGACUAAGAUUCAGCCACCUCCUGGACCUCCAGCUCCACCCCAACCUCCAAAACAAGAAGAAAAGAAAGAGGAGUCAAAAGAUUCUCCAAAAGAAGAGGAAAAAACAGAUCUACCUGCCAGUAAAGAUGACCAAAAGAAAGCAGCUGAGCAAGCCAUGAAACUUGGAUUCCUAGCAAUGAUGAAUCCGAAUGCCACAGGAAAACCUCCGCCAGCUUUUAUUAGGAGAGCCAUGGAUCCUAGCUUUGAAGCAAAGGAGGCAAAAGAGUCUAAAAUGGAGCUUACAGAAAAUGCUCAAUUAGAAAAACCUAUCCUGAAAUCAAGAAGAGGAAGAAGAAAGAAGAAGACUGCAUUUGGAACAGAUGAAAAGAAAGAGGAAACUAAAGCUAGUGCGCCUCCUCCUGCUCCUGCUAAAGCACCAACCCCACCACCAGCCAAAACUCCAACACCACCUCCAGCAACAAACCCAUCUCCCCCUCAAGUUAAGACCCCAGCACCUCCUCCAGUUGCUACACCACCUCCCUCUACUCCAACUCCUCCACCUCCUGCUCAAGCUUCACCUCCAGCUCCUAAACCCUCUCCUCCAAAGGAAGAAGUCAAAGCUCCUCCUGCACCAGCUGCUAAGAAGAACAACUGGCUAGACGACUCUGAUGGCUCUGAUGAAGAUGAUGACAUGUUUGCAAAGAAGACUCCGGCAGCUCCAACUACCCCAACUCCUCCACCAGUAGCACCUCAAGCUGCUGCCAAAAAGAUGGCUUUCCUCGAUUCUGACUCUGAUAACGACGAUGAUAGUGAUGGCAGCUUUGAUUAA